CGAAAGGCGCACGGUCACCCAUCCGCCGCACGGAUACGACAUCGCCAUCGCCAUCGCAGGUACAAAUAGUGGCCCAAGACGCCGGCCGCAUCCCUCCUCCACCUCCACCAACAUUACAACACCUUCGCUGAACAUACCAACUGCGAGCGCUGAGCGUCGCUGAUUGGAGCGCAUACUAUACCGUACUGCGACAUAUACGCAUCGCUUGGGCACGGGUGAAGGGCAACAUGGCAGGCCGCGGCGGGCAGACCAUCUAUGCAGCAACAUAUAGUAAUGUUCCAGUAUAUGAGUUCAAUAUCGCGGGCAAUCAUGUGAUGCGCCGACGGUCCGACAACUGGAUCAAUGCUACGCAUAUCCUCAAGGUCGCCGACUAUGACAAGCCGGCGCGGACGAGAAUCUUAGAGCGGGAAGUGCAGAAAGGCGUGCAUGAGAAGGUACAGGGCGGCUAUGGAAAGUACCAAGGGACGUGGAUCCCGCUGGAAGACGGCAAGGCACUAGCUGCCAAGAAUGGUGUGCUCGAGAAGCUCAUGCCCAUCUUCAGCUUCGUGCCUGGUGACCGCAGUCCACCGCCGGCUCCCAAGCAUGAGACCGCCGCAUCCACGAAACCCAGGGCGCCACGAGCGCCACCGCAGCAGCGCAAAGCUCCGCAAGCUCCCAUGUAUCAACAUGCGCAGGACUACGAGCGACUUGACGUCCGAGACGGCGAGACCAUGGAGGAUGAUGCUGUAGCUUCAGAGUCCCAGUUCGACGAGUACGAUAUGCCACAGCAGUACACCGGCGGCUCGCGUAAGCGAAGGCGAGUUGAGGAGCAGUUGUCACAAGCCGAACGCGAGCACACAUUGUGGGGUGAAGAUCUACUAGACUAUUUCAUGCUCCAAGACGGCACCAUGGACGCCAUACCUGCCUACCCGCCGCCUCCGCCGAACGCAAAUCUGGACCGCGCGAUCGACGAGAAAGGCCACAACGCCCUCCAUUGGGGUGCAGCGAUGGCCGACAUCGAAGUCGUCAAAGACCUGAUCCGACGUGGCGCGAGCAUAGACGCCCAGACCAAGACGGGCGAGACACCGCUCAUGCGCAGCGUCAUCUUCACUAACAGCUUCGACAAGCGAAACAUGGACAAGAUCGCGGAGUUGCUGGUCCGCACUGUCAACAUGCAGGAAUGGCUGACUGGGCGUACCGUCUUCCAUCAAAUCGCAAACAUCACGCAAAGCAAGAAGAAGUACGACUGUGCGCGCUAUUACAUGGAUUGCAUCCUUAACAAGAUGGUUGAGGUCCUCAGUCCGGAUCAGGUAGAGCGCAUUCUCAACGAGCAAGAUCGUGAUGGCGACACAGCAAUCACCAUCGCCGCCAGAAAUGGUGCCAGAAAGUGCGUGCGGAGCCUGAUUGGUCGCAACGCGGCAGUAGACAUUCCCAACCACAGCGGCGAGACAGCCGACCAGCUAAUAGUACAACUCAACUACCGCCGACAGGAGCGAAACAGACAGCUAAGCUCUUCGCCCUACCAAGCCGACGGCCUUCCAUCAGCGACGAGUGGCGCAGUCCAACCACUCAACGACAGCAUACCAUUCAACUCACUAGUGCCACACUCCUCCUUGCCAAUCAAUGGCAUCUCCUCCCAACCUAACGGCGCACCCAGCGAAGUGUAUAGGUCCGAAGCGGCGCUCACCCUCACAACCUCCGUCCUUCCCACAGUCAUCACCAAAGGCCGCAGCAUGGCCAGCGCGAUGGACGCUCAAGUCGCAGACAAAGAUGCCGAGCAUCAGGAAGCGCAACGAGUCCAUACAAUGCGGAACGGGGAGCUGGACGCCAUGCGGCGGCAAGCGGAAGAGUACCGCGUCAAGGAGAUGGAGCAGACUUCCGGCGGCAUCGAAACUGACGACCAACUACUCCAAGCGUUGGACGAGCUGACCCGGGAAUGCGAAGGUCUCACGGAGGAGGAAGAACGUUUCGCUCUCGGCGAGCUCAUCAAGGCUAACCUUUCAUCACCUCCACAUCCUGAUCGGAACAUCGCCGCCGAAGACCACGAAGCGAUGAUCCGCGAAAAGUUUUUAAUGGCGCGAGAAAUCACACAGCUCCACCACGAACGCCGCGAGCUGAUACGUGCUCUCGUGCAGAACGUGGCAAGCGCGAGUGAAGGCGAGGAUAGACAUCUCAUGUACAAGCGGCUAAUCACGGGAGCGUUAAACGUGCGCGAGGAGGAUGUGGAGGGUAUGUUACCGGAGAUCGUGAAUGAGCUCGAGGAAUGGAAGGGGAUGGAGGCUGCUGCUGCUGCUGCGGCAUAGGAGGCUUGCGGGCAGGUGUGUACAGGAACCACGACGGGGGUCGUACGAAGAGUAACGUAUAUCAUAGACUUGCGGCCAUUAUUCGCGUUUGUACGUGAUGGUGGAGGUAAAUAUUAGACCAUCAGUCAACCAGCCAACCGGAGUCUGGACAGCAGUUCGGGCCGGGAAACGAGCUCAGAAGCCAGUGUCGCAUCCAUCAACCAUCGACAUGGUUGUCCAUGACUAGCAUAUGGGCAAGAUCCUUCGAGUAGCCUUGAGAAAUGUCGGCGACUGCACAGACUCCUUCCUUGACACAGCCGGCUUCGACUUCUGCGUGUGCCAUGCGUGUCCGCGAGCUUAAGCCGAGCCGCUUAACCACGAGUCUUCUGUCCCUAACGUGGCAAGUAUUACUCGCC